AUGAAGCUCCCUGUCGAUCUGAGUGGUCAGAUGCCGGGCAACUUAGACCAAUUAGCCAAGUGGGGAAGCAUGACCUUCAUGUGUACUAUGAUGUCUAAUUUAAUGCCUUCUCUGGCGUCUAUGGACAAUAGGGAACUUUUUGCAAAUGUUACAGGACGAAGAGCUUAUUUAGAUUUUGGUUCAGAUUAUGAGUGGUCGAUAGUUGUGAUCGUCAUAAUACAAGUCAUUGGAAUUUUAGUGGGUAUCAUUGCCCCAGUAUUCAGAUGCUUUGCAGCCUUAAGUUUCAGAUUGUCCCUUAAAUGGGUUAAGAAACAUACCAAGGUCUGUGAAGUAGAGAAGUACUGGACGCAAAAGUUGUUGGAGUGGAAACAGAUUCCUUUAGCUUUUCCAUUAAGUGGUCGGAUAUCAAAAGCUCUUGUCUACAAUUUGUAUCACCUCAUUCUAAACCUUGGCAUUACUUGUCAGAAGGUAAUUGUGGUAUCAUGCAAAAUAAUAGGACUCAUUCCACUGGUCACUGUAAUUAUCGGUGUUUUUUGUGUAAACUGCUGCAAGUCAUUGAAGGCAAACUUCUUUCUUAUGCCUGUUGCCUCAAAUCGUGAAACUGAGCAUGCCUUUGAGCAAAAUCAUGAUACAAACCAAGACAUUGAAAACUACGUUUUGCAACUUCAAGACGAGAUGGAGCUUGGUAGAAGAACACUCAAAAGAUUUUCAAACUCGGCAAAUCGCUCAAUAAAGAAGGGUGAGAAGCAACUGCCUACAAAUCUUCUGAAGCUGAUUGAGCAAUGUACGGGAUUCGAAGGAGUAGUGAAAUUUGAUAGUGAGAACAUUCAAGGUCUGAUUUGGGUUACAUUUCCCAACAGUUGGAGCUUGCCGAUAGUAACCUUAACAUGCAUCGCAAUUACACUCCCAAACAUCAGUCAGGAGAGUGUUGAUAACUUGUUUAAAGGUGUGAGUGAAAGUCUUUCCUAUACUCUUCUUGUUGAAGAAAGCCUUAACAACGUAGGUGAAUAUAAAAAAAUUCAUAAAGCAACUAUGGAGUUGCGGCAAGAGGUUGAAGUCAACUACAAGUGGUUGGGGAACACGCUCCAAAGAAAUGCCUAUAAAGAAAAAAAUCCAAAAGAGAUUCUUGAAUGGUUUGCUGAUAAAGCAAAGGACAUUGCAGUAGAAAUGAACGAACACAUCAAUGAGGAACCGUUCGACAGCUAUUGUGACAGGUUGGUUGUUGCCGAUUCGAUGUAUCGCGUGACACAAACAAUCAUGGUUAACUACCCUGAUGACAUCGAAGACGGCAGAGGAGAGCAACUGUUUUACCUGCUAUCUAGCAUGAUUGUAGACAUAGCGGUUGCUUGUUUUACCAACUUACCACGAGUCAUAGUAAUGAAAUGCCAGGACGAUGCAAUUGAGAAACGAGAGGCUAGUGUUCGGGCUGCAGCGGAGCUUCUUGGUAGUACUAAGACGAUAAUAGAAAAAGUUGAUGCGUGUGAAGUACCAAACCUGGAUCCUGAGCAAAUGGCAUUUAUUGACGAGUGGCGUCUUCAUUUGAAGCAAUCAAUCCCUUAG